AGAAUCCUCCCGGUCACGUGGGGGCGCCGUCUCGUGCUCGACUCCAUCCUGUCCAGCAACUCCGUUGCCUACGUCACCACAUUUCACCGAAUACGAUGGAACGUCGUGGAAAAUCGUGAAGGUGGUCUCCAGAAACUCCGCCAGAGACAGAUGCAAAAUGAGGGAAGCGGCUCUCCUGCUCGCAUCGUGCGUGGUUCUGUGUCUCCUCCUGAGCCUCGGCCAGGCAGCAAGACAAGGACAGGAUAUCAGAUGUGGAGCCUGCAGGGCUCUGGUGGAUGAGAUGGAGUGGGCCAUCUCCCAGGUAGAUCCAAAGAAAAUGAUCCAGACUGGAUCCUUCAGGAUCAACCCAGACGGCAGCCAGUCCAUCAGAGAGGUUCCUCUGGCCCGCUCAGAGGGAAACCUCCUGGAACUGAUGGAAAGUGUUUGCGAGAGGAUGGAGGACUAUGGCGAGCGCACAGAUUCUUCAACAAACAGGAAGUCCUACAUUAGGAUCAAGUCUCGCAGCGGUGAGGCCAUGGACCUCUCAGAGGCCACACUGGAUUCAAGAGUUACAGCCAGCUUAAAGUUUGCAUGUGAAACAAUUGUUGAGCAGCAUGAAGAUGAAAUCAUUGAAUUCUUCGCUCAUGAGACAGAUAAUGUUAAAGACAAACUCUGCAGCAAGAGGACAGACCUCUGUGACCAUGCUCUGAAAAUGCCCCAUGACGAACUUUGAUAUCACCUCGCCAUGGCUGCCGUCUCUCCUCAGCUGAAAUGGAGACACCGGGUGCUGUAAUGUUUUCAGUUGUCACUUCUCACCGGUUUAUGCCAUGGCAGUGAUACAAGAUGUAUAUGAAUCCUGAAAACCUGUAAAAUAAUAGAAAAUCUACCUGAAAACAAAAUGUUAUUCCUGUGACCACGGACAAUUUAAGGACCAGUUGUUCCAUUUUUUUAGCCACAUCUCUUUGGACCCUGUCGCUUGUUCAUGUACUGUAACUUAUUACACUCAAGUUUCUGUUUCCCAUAUGAAGGCUCUUGUCUUGUCUUCACCAGAUAAAUCUGAAACUGUGAAACUAAAAAACUCAAGUUAGACCUCAAAGUAGAUACAGAAUUUCUUACAGAAUUAAUUGUGUAUACACAGUAAGAAUUCUACUUUAAGACAAGUACAUAGAGAUUAGGUUGAAAUUUGGUCGAGUGGUCCUUAAGUCCAUAUUCAUGCACACUGAAAAAGUCUUUUCCAAAGCUACACAGAGGUUCUUUGACGCCACUAGUCACUGUCAGCACAAGUAUCAGUAUUUUAUGCUCACCAGUAUUUAUUUGCCAGUCCAUGAUCACAAGAAUAACUGACUGCAGUUCUGUUUUUUUGUUUUGUUUUGGUUAAGAAAGACCACAAAAUUUAAGGUACAGUAUGGAAGAUCAGGAAUAAAGAUGAUUUCAGUUUUGAGUGGAGUUAGUUCCACUGUAGUGAAACUGAGAAAAUGUGCCUUUAGUGUAGAACAGAUGUUUUGCAGGUUUCACAGUAUUCAAAGGACCAGACCUUUUAUCCAUCUGUAGAAGAACCUCAGUGUUGUUGUGAAAACAAUUGCAGUUGAUGAACUGAUCACAAAUUUGGCAACUGAUGAUUAAUUUAAAGUUGCAGAAAAGUCAAAAAAGAAAAUUAAAGAGUGAAAGAAGUUCUAAGUACUAAAAAACUUCAUCCAACACUUUGUGUGAAUAUAUGAAUUCAAACUUGCAGCUCCUAGUGUUCUUAACACUUAAAAACACUCCCAGGGACUUUUAUCGUUGUCCAUUAAUUUACACACCAUUUGGACAGUGGUUUUAAAGUAAAUUAAAUUCAGACAACAGAGCACUGACUUACAAAAGGGCUGAUAUGUUGGCUGUAAUCAUGUAGAAAAACUGCUUUCCUUCCACGUUGCCAUUUAAAUCCAGAGAAGAAAAAUAUCUUUAUACCAAACAAACAUAAAGCAUAAAAUAAGAAUGAGUUGUUUAGUCAUAGCUUCAGGAGCAGGCUAACAAUGCGUCUUGUUUUCAUUAAACACUACCAAAUCCAGAUGCAAUCCUCUUGUAUUAUGAGAUUUCCAGUGUUUCUUUCUUUUUUUUUCACUUCUGAGAAUCAAGAGUAAAGUUUAGUUGUCUUCACUGUAGUAAAACUGAGCUCAGUGUAAUUCCACUAGAGUGUGCUGUCAACCACAAUCUGAUUGUUUAGUCCUAAGUAAAAAAAAAAAAAAAAAAAAAUCAUUCUUGGCUGGAAAAUCCUCAUGCUGUAUGGUUGAUGUAGACAGGCCAAGAGGUAGAUUUGGUAUCAGCUAUUUUACAGUGUGUGACAAAAUUACUCACUGUCUCAUGUGAACAUUCUCUUGAAAUUUCCAUUUUUAUAUAUAAAUUUUGUAAGUUUUCUGCA